AUAUGCCUUCCCAUAACAUCAACGCCAAAAGGUCACAGAAAAUGUGUCAUUUGCAGAAAGCCAUACUCUAACAGAAACCGCCUUAUAAAUAUCCCAGCGUCCUCCAUUGUACAAGCUUUUGUUGAAACGGGAAUCUUCAUCAAUGAUGACAGCAGAUGUUGCAAGAUGCAUGUUGAAGAUGGCUACCUAAAUAAAGAUGCACUCUCAGGACUAACGACAACAAAAGAUGAAGAACAACUAUCAAGAACUGACAUAUGCAAGCUUUUAUCUAGCCUUAGAAGUACCAUCAAAUCUGCAACUUACCUCAACUUUGAUGUACCAUCUCUUCUGAGUGAAGAAGACUAUUUGUGUCUCACUGGCUUGAGAAAAGAGCAAUUUGCAGAACUUGUUCAUGAAUUAAAGAAUAUAAGGAACAAUUCCAGCCGUACCAAGAGAACUUGUCUUGCUGUAUUCCUGACAAAACUCCGCACUGGCCUUCCCAACACAAUACUUUCCACAAUCUUCAAGCUUUCUGUAUAUCAGAUUCAAAGAAUAAUUCCAUCAGUAAGAGAGGCUCUCAUGCAGAAUUUUGUGCCAAAACAUCUUGGAUUCCAACAUAUAAGUCAUCAGGAAUUCUCUCAGCAUCAUACAACUCCAAUUGCCCGAAAGCUUUUCACCACUGAGGAAGAUCAAGCUGUUAUCAUCUUGGAUGGUACAUAUAUAUACAUCCAAAAGAGCUAUGACUACGAAUUUCAGCGCCUUUCAUACAGUCUCCAUAAAAACCGUCCUUUAGUGAAACCUAUGAUGGUUGUGGCCUCUGAUGGGUACAUUUUAAGUGUUAUGGGACCAUAUGUGGCAGAUUGUCACAACAAUGAUGCCAGCAUAACAAAGCAUAUGUAUUCUCAAAAUGCAGAAAACAUUCAAGUAUGGUUGAAAGAAGAUGAUGUGGUCGUAGUUGACAGAGGGUUCAGGGAUGCAGUGACCUUUAUGGAAGAUAUUGGAUUGAAAGUCCACAUGCCAUUCUAUCUGCAAAGGGGAGAAAAGCAACAUACAACUACGGAAGCCAACCUCUCAAGAAUGGUCACUAAAGUAAGAUGGGUAGUUGAGAGUGCUAAUGGCAGACUUAAACAGUGGAGACUACUGGACAAAGUUAUUCCUAACAAGCUACUUCCACAGGUUGGGGAUUUUGUUAGAAUCGUAUGUGCACUAUGUAACUGUUUCAGGCCUUGUCUUGGUAGCAUGGACCCUGAGACUGAAAGUGUUGCCAUCAAAAUGCUAGAAAGGUCACAGAAAUCCAAUGAAGUCCAGGUUCUUGUUCAAGAAAAUAAGCUGUUGACUCGCCGUGCUGUAUAUUCAGCUAUCGAUGCAUCCUCUGAACUUGCUGAUUUCCCUGUCCUUUCACUCGAUGACCUACGCUCCCUGACAUUAGGUAUUUAUCAAGUCAAACAUGCAGAGAAUUACACACGAGAACAUUUAAAAGAUGAAGGCAGCUAUGAAGUUAUGGUAUGCCAUGAUUUUCCAAAUCUUUUGAGAGUUAAGAUUCAGUCUCGCCAUUCUAGAAAUGUUCUUCACACACUUUGGAUAAAAUAUAGAGGUAGAGAGGAGAGUGUAGAGGCCAUUUGUGGUUGGUACUGUACAUGCAAAAUUGGAGCAAGACUGGUUGGUUGCUGUGCCCAUGUGUCCAGUGUACUGUGGUUCCUUGGAUGGAAAAGGCAUCAGAGUGAAGAACCACUGUCAUCUGGACCUGGACCUAAAUGUCACUUUCUGAAUGCGGCAUACCAAGAAGAUUCAGAUAGUGACAUUGUGGAGGAGUGAAUUUCAGGAAUUAAGGUACUCCAAUCCUCAGCCAGGACAGAUAACUCUUAAAUUCCUAAUUUAUAUUAAAAAAUCUCAAAAUGAUGCUUAUGAAGG